UGAACUGCCAACGCGUUAUGAGCGGAAUGACAAGCCAAGGCUGAACGUUGCCCAGAUGCGCUCGGCAUGGGAUGCUUUCCUCAGCCUCAUCUAUUCUUCAUCUUCACUUGAUGGGAGAGGGAUGGAGAAACAAGCUCGUUCUGUGUGAUUCACCCUCCUGCUGUAGCGAUGAGUAACCUGCUCCAAAACACUUCUUCUCUUUUGAAUUGGGAUGUGCUAGAGGGAAGAAACACGUCGGCUGCCCCGUCCUGGGAGCUGGAGCCGUUGCCGGUAAUCGUCAACCCGUGGGACGUGCUGUUGUGCGUGACGGGCACACUCAUGUCCUGCGAGAACGCAGUGGUGAUCGCUCUGAUCGCGUACACGCCCACUUUGAGAGCGCCUAUGUUCGUCCUCAUUGGGAGUCUAGCGUUUGCUGACCUUUUGGCCGGCCUAGGCCUGAUCCUCAAUUUCAUCGUAACUUACAUAAUCGAUUCGGGAUUUGUCACGCUGCUGUCGGCGGGGCUCCUCAUUACAGCCUUCUCGGCAUCUGUGCUCAACAUCCUGGCGAUCACCGUGGACCGUUACCUGUCGCUGUACAACGCGUUGACGUACCACACAGAGCGCACGGUGACGUUCACCUACGUCACACUCGUGUUCAUGUGGAUCAUCAGCAUGGCGCUCGGUUUGCUUCCCGUCCUGGGCUGGAACUGCUUGGAGGACGAGAGCACCUGUAGCAUCUGUCGACCGGUGAACAAAAACAACGCGGCGGCGCUCGCCGUGUCCUUCCUCCUGAUCUUCGCUCUCAUCCUGCAGCUGUACCUUCAGAUCUGCAAGAUCGCCUUCCGGCACGCUCAGCAGAUCGCCGUUCAGCGUCAGUUUAUGACUACCUCGCACUCGUCUUCCACCACGAAAGGGGUCUCCACCCUCACCACCAUCCUGGGCACGUUCGCGUUCUGUUGGAUCCCCCUGGCCAUGUACUCGCUGGUGGCAGACACCCGAUCCCCUGUGAUCUACACCUACGCUACGGCUCUUCCGGCCAUCUGCCACUCCAUCAUUAACCCCAUGAUAUAUGCGUUCAGGAACCCUGAAAUUCUCCGAUCUUUGAAGAUUGCUUGUUGCGGGUGCAUGCCUUACAGUUUAUCCAUGCGACCCAGGACACCCAGCGAUGUGUAGCGUCUUCAGAUUAAAGCACAAUGUUGGCGGUGGCCUGUCUGUAAAGCACAUGGCGCAUUUAAUCCACAUAUUGUAAUCCAGUGGAGUGAGGGAAUAUUUUUAUUUGGCCGAUUUGGUAGCACUUCAUAUCAUUGUGUCUAUGUUACAUGUACAGUAUGACAUGUUACUAUAAUUAAUUGCUAAUUAGAAUAAUUUUAUAUAUCAUCAACUUUGACUUCCUUACAGUAACGGAGAUGGUGAUGGUAAAAAAUCAGAUGGGAGGGAAAAUUUAGGUGCUUUUGGUUUCGAAAACUCUCGUAUCGGAAAUAAUGUGAGGUGGGAGUAAAAAUCAUAUAUUUUAAUGUUUCUGCAUUCUCUCACAAAACUUUCACGAUCCCCUGAGAAUUUUUGCAUUCGCUCGCACAACUUUUGCAUUUCCCCAAAAAACUUUGCAUUUGUGUGCAAACUUGUAUCUGCAAUAAUUCAAGGUGGGAGGAAAAACUAUAUUUCAAUGAUUUGCGUUCUUUUGCAAGACGUUUGCAUUCCCCCGAGAAAAUUUGUACGCUCAUAAUAAUCUGAGGUGGAAGGCUAUAUUAUUUUUUUCAUUCCUCCAAGGAACUUUGCAUUCGUACGCAGAGCUUUUGUACGCAGAGCAAUAUGAGGUUGGAGGAAAAACUGUUCCCCCAGAAAAAUUUUGCAUUUGCGCAAAAAUUUUUGCAUUCACUCUCAAGACUUUAUGUGUUCCUCCGAUAAACUUUUUUGCACUUGCAAAACUUUUGUGACAGAAAUAUGAGGUCGGACAAAAAACUGUAUUUUAAUGUUUCUGCAUUCUCUCGCAAAACUUUCGAGAUCCCAUGAGAAAUUUUGCAUUCGCAAAAAACGUUGUAAAAUUACAAAAAGUACACUCAAUAAUAUGAGGUAGAAAGAAAGACUAGAUUUCAUAGCUACUAGAUAUGUUUUCGCGUUCAUUGCAAGACUAUCGCAUUGCCCCAAGAAAAUUUGCAUGCACUCAUAAAACUUUUGUGCUCCCCCAAGAAACUUGCGUUAUAUGAGGUUGGAGGAAAAACUAUAUUUAAAUGUUUUUGCAUUUUGUCGCAAAACUUUCACAUUCCCCCGAGAAUCGUUGCAUUAUAUGAGGUUGGUGAAAAAACUAUAUUUCAGUGUUUUUGCGUUCUGAUGCAAAGCUGUCGUGUUAACCCGAGAAAUUUUGCAUUUGCGUGCAAAAGUUUUGCAUAUCCCAUUCACCUGCAAAAAUUUUGUGUUCACUAUCAAGACUUUUGCGUUCCCCAAAAAACGUUGUUUGCUUGCAAAGCUUGUGUGACAGAAAUAAUGAGGUGGGAAGAAAGACUAUAUUUCAAUGUUUUUGCGUUAUCUUGCAAGACUUUAACAUUUUCUCAAGAAACUCUGCAUUCACUCGCAAAAAUUUUGUGUCUUCAAUAAUAUGAGGUUGAAGGAAAACCUAUAUCUUUUAAUGUUUUUUUCAUUCUCUCGCAAAACUUUUGCAAUCUUCUGAGAAAUUUUGCAUUCGCUCACACAACUUUUGUGUUCCCCCGUGAAAAUUUGAACACUCACAAUAACAUGAGGUGGAAAGAGAGACUAGAUUUCAGUGUUUUUGCAUUCUCUCGCAAGACUUUAACAUUGCCCCAAGAAACUUUGCAUGUACUCGCAAAACUUUUGCACUCCCUCAAGAAACUUUGCGUUACAUGGGGUUGGAGGAAAAACUGUAUUUCAGUGUUUUGCAUUCUGACGCAAAGCUGUCACGUUCCCCUAAGAAAUUUAGCAUUCACUCGCAUAAAAAAAAUUGUGUUUGCUUUCAGGACUUUUGUGCUCCUUGAGAAACUUUGCGCUCGCUCAUAAAACGUGUUUUAUAGGAAUGAUGAUUUGGGAGGAAAAAUUGCAUUUCAGUGCUCUUGUGAGUGAAUGGACAGUUUUUCAUGUAAAUGCAAUAGUUUAGCAAGAGAACGCAAAGUUUUUUGGGGAAACGCAAUGGUUUUGUGAAAGAUAUAUUUUUUCCAUCACCAUCAUACCACAGUACAAUUGUACUAUAAAAAACUAUAUCUAUAAUGGUUAAAGAUGUAAUGUAUAAUGAUGACUUACUGUACUUGGCAACAAUUCAUUGCUGUUCAGGGUGUUUCCCUGCCAUUGAGUCGAGACACACUGACAUAUGUUUCAGCACUCACCUGUGACUCUACAUAAAGCAAAUACAGAAAAU